AUGGCUGUGAACAGAUAUGUUGAUUAUGAUUCCUUAGAUUGUGUCUCUCAAUUGCCUGUUGGAUAUAGGUUUGAUCCAACAGAUGAUGUUCUCAUGAGCUUUUAUCUGAGGAAGAAGAUCUUUAACCAACCUCUUACACUUCAUGGAAUUCUUCAGUUUGAUGUGUUCCAAACUGAACCAUGGAUGCUACCAUUUGAUACAAGAAACUCAUUUAGUGAUAGGAGGUACUAUUUUUUUGAUAUGAGGAACCAUAGGUUUGAAAACAUGGAGAUAAGAAAAGCUGGUAAUGGUGAAUGGAGGGUGGUAGAAAAAAGAAAAGAAGUUUCUCUCAAAAGCCUUUACUUCAUUGGGAGAAAGAACACUUUUGAGUAUUGGAAAAUGGAGGGAACACAAGCUGUGAAAAGUGAAUGGAUGAUGGAGGAGUUUCACAUCACUCCAAUUCUUCAUCCCAACAUGAAGUCGAAAUUAGGAGCAUAUAGAGUCUUUAAGAUGAAGGUGGCAAAGGGUGAGAAGAAAGUUUCUACACCAUCUGAGAUUGAUUUAACAAUGGAGGGUGAAGAUGAAUCAGCCAACCCUUCUUCUCCAUGA